AUGUUUCAAGAACAAUCGCCAAGCAAUUUUCUUCCUUCGAAUAACCAACUUCCGUUAUUGUCGGAUAAUCACUCAUCACAGCAUCAAUUAUUAGACAAUCAUAAUAAUGGAAUAGAUCAGAAAAUCUCUCCUUCAUCGGAGAGUGCAGUAGUGAUUGAAAUCCAAGAUCACCACGAUUCAGAGAGCUCUCAUCAUCAAGUAAAUUCGUCGUUAGCGUUCGGACACCAAGUUCCAAACAGACCAGUAGAAGAACAAACCAGCUAUGUUCCAGAAAAUGUUCAAAUGUUUUCGCUGAAUGAAGCAAACGAGGAAAAACAAAUUGAAGACGGUUCUGCUAUGGACGGUAAAACACAAAUGGAUGAAAUGUUAGAAUUUCAACAAGAACCGGCGAAAGACCUAACCACAAGUCAAAAGAUUAAGAAAUAUUUUAAAGAAGAAUUUGAUUUCAAAUCAAAGAAAUUAGUAUUCUUUUAUAUCAGCCACUUUUUAGCAUCUUGGGGAGACAGAAUGUGGGCCUUUGCGUUGCCUGUAAUAUUUGGAGACAUGUUUACUGGUACCCUACUUCCAAUGGCAUUAUUUGGAUUUAUUCAUCGUGUCACUUGUGUCAUCUUUGGCCCACACAUGGGAUACAUUGUAGACACAAAACCUCGAUUUAAAGUUAUGUCAUCAGCACUAAUCAUUCAAAACUCUUGCGUUGCUAUCACAACAGUCAUGAUAUUUUUGUUAGCAGUUUUUGGACUAACAGAAGAUCAAAAGAAAGAAACGCCCAAUCAAAACAAUGACAGUGAAAAACCACUCUUUGUAUGGCCAUUUCAGACAACCAUUUCAAUAAUUUUAUUCUUCUCGUGUACCAUCGUUGGUGCUGUUUCUGAGCUUGCCGCAAUGGUAACUAGUGUUGCAAGAACAAAGGAUUGGUGUGUAGUGAUUGCUCGUUCUGAAAGUCUUUCUCUUGAAAAAAUUAAUUCCAUGAUGAGACGAUUGGAUAUGAUUUCUCUUAUUAUGUCCCCAGUGAUUUUCGGUUUAAUUGUUACUUUUGCUGGAUACAAAGUUGGCACAAUAAUUGUUUGUGCUUGGAAUGUAAUUUCCUUAUUUCCAGAAUAUUUCUUUAUUUACAAAGUAUAUGCUGAGACCAAAGAUCUUCACAUUUCUAAAUUAGAACAAGAAAGAAAAAUCAAGGAAGAGCGAGAACGAGAGCUCGCAGCCCAAAAUACAGAAGAUAUGGAACAAAUUGAUUUGGAGCAGAAGAAAGAGGAACCGCCCACUGUGAAUUUAAAGCAUCAAAAUAUUUUCAAGGUUCUCUAUCAUGGAUGGAAGCUGUAUAUUCAGCAAAAAGUUCUACUCUCAAGUUUGGCAUUUGUAUUACUUUUCAUUACUGUUCUUACUCAUGGUGGCUUGUUGUUAUCAUAUUUAAAAAGCCAUAAUGUUCACUCUGCUGUGCUAGGAGUAUUUCAAGCAUUAAGCGCUAUUUCAGGGCUCAGUUCAACAUUUUUAGGUCCAUUCAUGAUUAGAAGAUAUAAUGUAUUCAAAGGAGGAUUAAUAUCUAUUUAUUUACAAUUUUCAUGCCUUGUAGUUGGAGUAUUGUUCUUUAUUGGAUUUCAUUUCUUUACAGAGACAUUUUCUUUUGCAGUGUAUUUAUUCCUUAUUUGUGUUGUUUUGAGCAGACUUGGAUUGUAUUCGUUUGAUUUAGCGGAAAUUCAAAUCAUGCAACAAUUGGUUGAUCCAACAGAUUCUGGAAUUAUUAAUGCGACUGAAGGCUCACUAACAAAGGUAGCAGACUUGGUGGUAUUUAUUUCUGCGUUGCUAUUUUCGACACCAUCUAAUUUCGUCAUUUUGGUUGUUGGCUCUUUGUGUUGCGUUGGAUCCGCAUGCCUUCUCUACUCUCUUUGGUAUUUGAGAAACAGAAAACAUUUCCCCCAAUGGUUACAACAAAUCGAAGAAGACGAAAAGAUGAGAUCAAAAUAA